AUGGCCUUUUCCCAGCAGGGCAGUGGGUCUUCGUUCCCCAUUUUCUUCCCGAGCCGGGCAUCCUCCGGCCCCUCCCAGCAGCCCCCAUCUGCCGGAGUACGAGGCUUUGCGUCGGAGAUGAACACGUCGAGCCCGUUUCUCCCUCUUCAAGAGUCCCAAUUCGACAUUCUUGAGUGGUACCCGCAAUUUCAAUCUUGUGUUCGGUACUUCCUAGAUCACGCACAAUACGACGGGCCAGUGCAGGCCAUGGCGGCUUUUGUGAACAUCCAACUGCCCUUCCAGAAGUCACAAUAUCCCAUUGUCUCGUCGAGAUCAAGCGGAUCGCCACUGGCCGUACCGUCCCCGCCGUCUGCAGCCGCCGGGAAGCUCCCCUUGCCGAACCAACCACCGGUGUCUGUCAGUCUGAACCCCUUUAUCCGUCGGUUGGUAGCAACAGGCUUCGACUUUCCCGGCGUGCUACAUGGAUUUUUCGGGGACAACUGGGCCGCGGGGAUCAGCCGCCUCCAUGAGGUUGAACGGAGAAACUAUCUCUUUGCCGCCAAGAGCGCGAGCUGGCUGGAUGUCAAGUCUCAGUACGACAUGCCGGACGGCCAGAGUAUCCCCUUUCUACGGCCGCUCCAAAACGUCACGGAGAAGGAGAUCGUUGGUGCAGAGGCAACUUGGAGUGAAUGGUUGGCCAUGCAGGACUGGAUGGUUGGACCACGGAAUCCCGAGGCUGACCAGGACAUGCCACCGGUCUUUGUCAAGAGGGAAAAUGACUGA